AUGUCGUUCCGCCCGGGCUCCCGUAUCUUCAACGCCUUCCGGCCCUUCUUUCGCCAGCAGAGGAACCAGUCGACCGCUGCGCCUGAGCAGUCCGGCUUCCAGAAGCUAUGGAACAGCCCCGUUGGUCCUAAGACGGUGCAUUUUUGGGCCCCCAUCAUGAAAUGGAGCAUCGUCAUCGCCGGUGCGUCCGACCUCGCCCGCCCCGCCUCGCAGCUCUCCCUCAACACAAAUGCCGCCCUCAUGACCACAGGCCUCAUCUGGACCCGCUGGUGUUUCGUCAUCCGCCCUAAGAACAUCUUCCUCGCCACUGUAAACUUCUUCCUGUUCCUCACCGGCGCCACCCAGACCACCAGGAUAUUGAUGUGGCAGCGCAGCGUGAAGGACGCUGAGAGCCAGGCCCAGGCUGAGGGAAAGGAGCUCAAGGAGGAGCUGAAGGAUGUCGCGACCAAGGUUGAGGGCAAGGUUGAGAAUGCUGCCAAAUCGUAG